AGUACUGUAAGCUGCGACAAAACGAAGCAGCAAACAUUUAUUUGAGGUUAGGAAAGCUCAAUCUAAAACUCCCGUUUACGCUGUGACAGUGAUUGUUAUUAUUCAUUAUAAAUUGUCUUUUAUUUUUAAUUUCAACCAGUUAUUUACUAUAAUUUUGUAGUAAAUAUGGAUGAUUUCAAGUACAGCAGUCCUCUACGCUGUAUGAAGAGCAGUACACCCAGUACAACUACCACAAAUCCAAAGACUGGAUUUUCGAAUCCAAACUUUGUAAAUAUGAAAACAAACCAGGCAAGAUCAUCUCCAACCCCGGAUUUUAUACCGUUGAGUAGCAGCAGUAGUCCACAGAACAAUUUUCCAAAAAGAUUUCCGAACAGCAAUUCAAAUUAUCGUGGAUUUUCAAGUCCAAAUUUCACGUCGAGUCCCAAUCGAAGUCCCUACAAUAGACCUGCCUUCAACAGAGGUCGCCAUUCGGAUUUUGGAGGUGGAAAUAGGGGAAACUUCAGAAACAACUACCGUCCUAGGAUGGAUCAUCAUCACUCCAGAAACGAUGUGGAUAUUUCGCAGUACUUUCACAAGUCAAUGCUGGACGACCCGUGGGCGGAGUUUGGAGACGCAGCAGCCAAUAGGAGAGCAGCUGGCGCCGAAGCUGGCACGCCAUUGGCUGUCGAUGGGCGGCAAGUUUGAAUUUGCCGCGAAAUUUGAAAAACGAAGUUUUGGACUUCCAGAUACAAACCGGAAAUUAAAUACAAUUCUAGAAUAUUAAAAUAAUAUUCUUUGAAGAGAACUUAAAUGUUGAAAGUUGGAAACGAACCUCCUCUAGUGCAAUUACUGAAAAUGUACAAAAUAUAUUGGAUAAAUCCUUGUUAUGUAAAUAUUAAGUGCCGGUUGUACGAAAGCUGGUUAAAUUUUAAUCGUUAUUAAUUCCAUAAGAAACAAUUAGAGUAGUUGUCUUAUCAAAAAGGCCUUCUCUGAUUGGUUCUCGUGGAAUUAAUCACGGUUGAAAUUUAACCGGCUUUUGUGCAACCGGGCGUAAGAUUAUCAACGUUUUUAAAUAGAAGUACCUAAAUUUACUUUUCAAUGUGUCCUUUGUAAAUAGUUUUCUAUCUGACAUGAUCGUAAUUUGUUUUUAUAAAAUAUUUUAUAAUUAAAUAGAUUUUCUAAGUUA